AUGAUCACCCAGUGGCCCGGACCAGAGCAGCAGGUGACCUUUGUCAACCAAAGCACGAGUGCAGCCAAGUCGACUUUCACUAUUCAGAACCUCAAGCAGAACUACUCUGUGGGGGAGGAGCUCCUGGUCACCAUCUUUGCCAAGGACUUCACUGGUCGGCCAAAAUUCUAUGGAGGAGACUUUUUCCAGGCAAAGGUGCAUUCAAGCACAUUGAAGGCCAGUGUGUUCGGAGAGGUUGUAGACCACCACAACGGGACGUACUCAGCCCACUUCCUCCUGCCCUGGGCAGGUCAGGCCUCAGUGGCCGUCCUCCUGGUCCACUCCAGCGAAGUCAUACUGGCCUUAAAGCAGCACUGGAGCACAGACACCUGUCAGGUCUUGUACAAGGGCUUCUUUGUCAGCGAGACUUUCGCUAACGGCAGUCGAGCGGAGGAGACGGCGCUGUGCACCAUCAAGUGGCCUGGGGCGGUACUGCCUGGCACAGGUGACAUGGACCAGAGCAACUGCUGCUGCGAGUAUCGGGACGGCCGCACAGGAGUGGGGAGGAGUAUAUGCCGGCCUCGCAUGCCCACCCCAGUACCUGCAGGGUUCUACUUCAAGGAUGUCUGGACAUCAUUUGUGUGCGCCACGCGUCAUUUCCGAGGGAAGGACAAGGCCGCGUGUCUGAGGAACAAGCAUAUUCACAUGGUUGGAGACUCCACCACCCGACAAUGGUAUUUCUACCUCGUCAAGGACACACCCACUCUAAAGGCUCUGGACCUCCACUCUUUGUGGAAUGCGGGCCCACAUAUGGCGGUGGACGUGCAGAACAACAUUGACCUUCACUGGCGUACGCAUGGUCUUCCCUACCGCACCCCUAGAACUAAAAUGUCAUCACUUCAGUAUAUUGAAAACCUCAUUGACCAACUGGAUGGAGGGCCACAGACUGUGCUUGUGUUCACCAUGUGGGCCCACUACACCAGCUUCCCGCUGUCCUACUUUGUUCACCGCGUGUCACUAGUGCGGCGCGCAGUUACAUCACUGCUGAGACGAGCGCCACAGACGAAGGUCAUCAUCAAGUCUGCCAACACAGCUUCUAUGGUAACGUGGGCAGGCUUAAUGGCCACGUUCCUGAUCGAUCGAGUCGUGCGUGAAGCGUUCCAUGAUGUGGGCGUGUACUUCCUGGACGUGUGGCAAAUGACUUCCUGUCACUACCUGCGUUACGACAUCCAUCCACAAGAGGUCAUCGUCAAGAACGAAGUCGACAUCCUGCUCUCCUUCAUCUGUACCUAAGUGACAGCCCACCUGGGAAACUCCAACUCCCAUUGUCAUUGUAACACUGCACUUCACAGCACACAAAUCUUCACUGCAAACUGCAUUUUAUGCAUCACCUGUACAAGGGGGCAGCCCCCAAUGUUGCCUCAAGGGAGCAGUGCGGCAGGACGGUACCAUACUCAGGGUACCUCAGUCAUGGGGGAGGAUGGGGGAGAGCACUGGUUAACUACUCCCUGCACUAACCUGGCUGAUUGGGAGUCGA